AUGUCCUCUGCAUCUGGGAGACAAAAUGAUGUAAUGAACUCUCUCCGAUUCAUAGAAGAGGCCUCAAGCACAUCUGACCUAGCUAAUAUAGUUAAUGAUGCUUUUAUUCUUCCGAUGAAGAUUUUCUCACCUCUUCCACACGAUUUUCAACUCGAACAAGAUAUCCCUUCAUCCGCACUAUUUGUUUUAUCCGUUCACUCUGUUUUUAUGAAGUUGUCGUUGUUGAAUCCAACAAAAGCUCAAGGUCCAGAUGGCCUCCCGGCCUGGCUACUGAAGGAGAAUGCAGACCUUCUUGCAGAACCUAUAGCAGAAAUUAUAAACAGCUCCUUCCGCGAAA